AUGGCUUCCAAAGCGCGGACGGAGAACAACACGCGCUCCCAUGUCGUCUCCCGCAAUCAUCUUGGCCAUCUACCACCCGAGUUGUUCGACAAGAUCAUGUUCGAGAUUGACACCGUGAGCGACCUCGCCCACUUCAUCGCCACGGCUCGCUUCGUGUACCACCGCUUCAGGGUUCAACGGCGGGCCGUCCUUUUCCGCGUCCUGCAUAACGAGCUGGGCCCGGUGCUGGCUGAUGCCAGGUUUCUCUUUUCACUCCCUUGCUCGGGCCCCAGAGACGCCGCCCAACAUCUCGAAUGGGUGCACACCAAGUCCGAGAUAUACCACAAGAUCCUCCAAACUGGUAUAUCACUGCACCCCGCUGCCACCCCUCCGCUCGAGGAGCUAAACGGGAUCUGCCGCACCCUUCGCCAGAUCAACCUCCUCGCCGACAUCUACGUCACGGCGCGGCUCGCGUCAUUCGACCACGGCGACGGGGCCAAAACGCCCGCCACGGCACCGCUCUCUCUCUUAGAGCGGCGGCGGCUCCUACGCAGCCUCUACCGCCGCCAGAUGCUGUGCAACGUCUGGGCUUCGGGCGGCCACUCGCGGGUGCUGUGGCUGGAGGAAGUCGCAGCCAUCAGCAACCAGAGCACGCACGAAGGCGCGGCACUGGGCCUCUUCGGCACGCUCGAGUCCUGGGAGAUGCAGCAGAUCGACCACGUCGACGUCUUCCUCACCCACCUGUGCCUCGUGCUCGUGCACGGGCAGGACCUGCAGCAGCAGCAGCGGGCCGGCAAACGCCCCGAGCGCCUGUUGUGCCGCCAGCUCACCGACCUGCUCACCGAUCUAGACCGGCUCGUCCCGCUCGCCCAGGCCCGCCGCGGCGUGGUCGAGCGCGCGGCCCGCAACCAGCUCACGCCCGCUUUCGCCGGCAUCUACGGCGAGGAAGUGAACGACCAUCAGGUGCCCGCGCUGCAGGGUUGGUGCCAGGGCAAGUUCCCGGCGCCGGGCAGAGAUACAUGGGACUGGGACUUGGACGAGGCGGCCGCGGUGCUCUAUGCUGGGGAAGGGCUCGACGUGGCGCCGUGCGCCUGGCUGGAGGCGCUGCGCGGGUGGGACAUCAACAGGUUCGGGGAGGGGCUGUGCCAGCUUCGCCAGCGGAUGUGGAGACAUCUCGAUGAAAUGCCGCCGCAGGGCCGGGCCGGGCUGUUGGACCGCUGGAGGUAUGCUGGGUUUUGUCUGUGGGACCGGGAACGGGUUGAGGCGUUGAAGGGGCUGGGCGUGUUUGGGGGGGAGCUGAGGAGCGGAUGGGUUUUGCCACACUGCUAUUAUGAGCUGCCUGAUGGGACGCUGGUGGAAAAUGAUAAUGAUACAAUUGUGAAGAUUUUAUUGUCUACGAUUUCGUCCUACAAGAGAAGAAAUAAAAAGAAUCCUGAGAAAUCUGGAAUAUUCGAGGUCCACGUCGGCAACAUGACGUCCGACGCCUCCCAACCGCCCGUCCCCAUCUCCAUCACCAUCUGCGGCGACGGCGGCUGCGGCAAGUCCUCCAUCACGCUCCGCCUCGUGCGCAGCCAAUGGACCAGCGAGUACGACCCGACCAUCGAGGACAGCUACAGCGUGACGCGGCGGCUAGACGGCGCGGUAUACCACCUCUCGCUGACCGACACGGCCGGGCAGGAAGAAUACCGCGGCAUGUGGGCGUCGUCCAACCUCGGCGCCGACGCCUUCCUCCUCGUCUACGACAUCACGUCCCCGCCCUCCCUCGACGCCCUCGACUACUUCAACGAGCUGAUCGACAUGGAAGCAGAGACGCGCCUCGACAACGCCGAGCGCGCCCGCCGCGCGGGCCUCUCCCCCACCAGCACCAACCUCCCCCCUCACCACAACCACAACCACAACCCCGGCGCCGGCUCCGGCGGCAAGACCGUCCCGCCGGUCAAGAUGGUCGCCGGCAACAAGUGCGACCUGGCCGAGGCCCGGCGCGUGCCGGCCGCGGCGGGGCUGGAGUGGGCGCGCGCGCGCGGGUGCGGGUUCAUGGAGACCAGCGCGCGGCUCGAGGUGAACGUGGAGGAGACGUUUGCGCUGAUUGUGCGGCGCGUGGAGGAGGCGAGGCGGAGGGCGGAGAGGGGUGGUGGUGGUGGUGGGGGUGGUGGGGAUGGUGAGUUGGCGGCGAAUAGUCGCGGCAUGACGAAGCCGUUGACGCCGUUGCCGCCGGCAGGGGAGGAUGAUGAGGGUGGUGGUGGUGGUGGGGAGAAGGAUGGGAGGAGGAGGUUGGGGGUCAGGGGGCCGAAGAUGCAGGGGGAUCGGGUGGGGGAUGGUGGCGGGCGGUUCUGGAAGAAGUUGCGCUGCUGGUAG